AUGGGAGGCAGCUGGGCCAGGCGGGAGGAGGAGCAGCGGGGCGGGCUGGGGCGUCGCUGCGGGACCUUAUCCAAAGGCGCGCGCCCCGCGCUGUCCCCGCGGCCUCCCGGGGGCCGCCGGGGUGGCCAGGCCCCCGGAGCUGCCCGGCCCGGGCCGUGGAGACACCCCAGAUCCGCAGGGUCCGGCUUCCUUGGCUCCCUUGCGGGGCAGGGGCAGCCUGGGAGGAGGGGGCUAAGGCGCUCGACGCCUCCCCGGGGCGCCCGGAAUGGCCCCGAGGGCUGGGAGCGGCCGCCGGGGCAGUCAAGCAGGACGAGCGAGUUUAGGAACCAGCCCGACCCCACCCGGGACCGGAGAGCCAGGCUCCGGGGCCUCGGCCGGGGCGGCAGGAGCAAUGCAGCGGCCUCGCUGCUGUGGACGGAGGGAAAGCUAGAACGAAGCCUUACGUCCCUCUUCAAACUUCCCAACUUGGCGGAAGGAGGCCCCUGA